AAACUUAGCGGCCACUCCCAGCUCAACAGCCGCUGCCACCCCCCCAGCUCGGCUGUCACCUGCCCUAGGAGACGCAGUCACCGGACCCUGCCCAGGGCACCCACGCCUCGGCGACCACCAUGUCCCAGACCAAAAUGCUGAAGGUCCGCGUGACCCUCUUCUGCAUCCUGGCAGGCAUCGUGCUGGCCACGACUGCCGUGGUCACCGACCACUGGGCUGUGCUGAGCCCCCACCUGGAGCACCACAACACCACCUGCGAGGCGGCCCACUUCGGCCUCUGGCGGAUCUGUACCAAGCGCAUCCCCAUGGACGACAGCAAGACCUGUGGGCCCAUCACCCUGCCCGGGGAGAAGAACUGUUCCUACUUCAGGCAUUUUAACCCCGGCGAGAGCUCGGAGAUCUUCGAAUUCACCACUCAGAAGGAGUACAGCAUCUCGGCGGCCGCCAUCGCCAUCUUCGGCCUUGGCUUCGUCAUCCUAGGCAGCCUCUGCGUCCUCCUGUCCCUCCAGAAUAAGAGGGACUACCUGCUGCGGCCCGCGUCCAUGUUCUACGCCUUUGCAGGUCUGUGCAUCCUCGUCUCAGUGGAGGUCAUGCGGCAGUCGGUGAAGCGCAUGAUUGACAGCGAGGACACCGUCUGGAUCGAGUACUAUUACUCCUGGUCCUUCGCCUGCGCCUGCGCCGCCUUCAUCCUCCUCUUCCUUGGCGGUGUCGCCCUCCUGCUGUUCUCCCUGCCUCGAAUGCCCCAGAACCCCUGGGAGUCCUGCAUGGACGCUGAGCCUGAGCACUAGGCUUCCUGCAGCCGUGGCGACCCUCAGGCUUCUUCCGCAGGAAGCCGGGUCUCAGCCUGGAACCUUCCAGAGAGGAGGCCUGAGUAAUUUUAGCUCCACCCUGCUCCCAUCUGCACCCCACCCCCAACCCGUGACAGUCACGGGCUACUUCCUCUCUCUGAGCUCCCCUGGGCUGCCGCAGCCUCCCCUGAGAUAGAGCAAAAGGACCUGAGUCCCGACCUGGCCAUAGUCGGGGGAGGCAGGGCCAGCAGGUGGACAGGUGUUUGCAGGGACCCAGUGUCCCCUGGAGCUUAGAGGUGUCCCCACUGUACCAGCCUCUGAUUAGCUGCCUCCAGUUGUCCUUUAUGAACAUCGCAGGGACAACCUGUGUUUGCCAGUUCUGGGUGCUCCGUGUAAAUAGCCAGCCUUUCUACUCAGCGAUACAAUGAGGACCAGCCUCUCCUACUCAGUGAUAAAACACACCCUCUCUGAUGAGCCGAACAUCCCCUCCUUGGCUUCCAGGAGCCCUGGGAAGCAUUUUAACUGGGUAGAAUCUGACUGUAGCUAGAAAUAAAAAGCUCUCAGAAAACUCA